GAGCGCGAGGCCCCGGGGCCCGUUAGACCGGUCGGUGAAGCGCGGGAAUUGAUUGGAGGGGAUGAGGCGGCGCGAGAUCUGAGGCGAGGUGUGAGAGACUGAGGCGCGAGUGGACGGCGGCGUCAAGGCCACCCAGAAUGGCGGAGAUCUGGGACCUGGACGAGGAGGGGCUCCUUCGCUAUGGGGCGCUAACCCAGGACGAACCCGAACUGGUGGAGACCCUUUCAUUACAGGGAUCCUAUGCAGGAAAAAUCCGCACCAUCGGUAGUGCCUUCAGACAUUUUAGAAGUCUUCGAUCGCUAGACCUUUCCAGAAAUGUCAUCUCUAGCCUGGAGGGUAUCGAGUAUUUAUGUUCACUACAAAUCCUGAAUUUAUAUUACAACAACAUUUCUUCAGAAGUGGAGGUGGUUCGCCUGCAGUGUUUACCUGUUCUCCAGGAGCUAGAUCUGAGACUCAACCCUUUCGUCAAUAAUGACGCAAACUCUAGGCUCAUUAUUGUGCAUAUGCUACAAACUCUGAAAAAACUAGAUGAACAGGAAGUGCUAGAAAAUGAACGGAAAGUUGCCAAGCUGCGUUUUAUUCAGCUAGGGAACCGAGGAAAUGUCCUUUGUGACAAGGACAAGAAAAGGGACAGUACUGGGAAGGACUGUACAGAUAUUGAAAAGUCUUUACUUGAAGCCGCUUCGGACUCUGACAUCAAGAUUGAAACUAAGUCAAGCAGAAGAUGUUUCUUUCCCCCACUUACCCAGGAAGGAUCGGAUGUGUCAUUAAGUAUUUUGGAGACCCAGGAUACAGCAAGAUUGAUUCUGCAGGCUUCUGUCGGUGAAGAUUCUUCAGAAGACAAAGAAUAUAAGAGCAAGAAGUCUUUGAGCCAAUCUCGAGGGGGAUUUAAGCAAGAAGAGUGUCUCCUAGGAGCUGCGAUGCCGAAGGAUAGUUUUCGAGGUGCUGCUACCAGUAGCGAGCCUCUUCCCCAGGGCCAGGAGAGUGCUCAGGAUAUGCCAGGACACCAGAGUACCCCCAGCUCUAUAAGAUUUUCACAUGUAGCCUCUGUCCUCAGCCAAUUCUUGGAGCUGAUUGAUCAACACUGGAGGGGUUCUGCUUCCCUGCUCCUCAACAAUAAGUUUCUUGAUGUGGCCAAAGAUAUGAUCUUGAGCUUGAACCCUGCCCCUGCUUAUCAGGAUGUUCCUAUCCUGGCUGAAGAGAAACCAAAAGCCUCACCCAGAAGAGAUCCUGAAGUUAAGGAGUCCACAAGACUUCUUGACAGCCCUGGAAGCCUGGAAAUGUUGAAGGAAAAAUUCAUCAGACUGCUGAAGGAAAACCUCAUUUUGAAUGAUCAGGCUCAAAAAAUGGAGGGAGCGUCUUUAGACUUUGAUAUAAGUGGAAAGUCAUUAUUGUCUUAUGAUGAUCUGCUCAAAAAAAACCAACAGCUGAAUUUUCAGAUAAUAUAUCUGACCCAGGAAGUUGCCCGAUUGAAGAAAGUAGAAGAGGCAUCACAACUUCUCCACCUAACUCAGAGGUCCCUAGUGAAGACCAAUGAAUACCUGCUGCAGCAGUUGAAUAAAGACCAAGUCCAGCCUUCCGAGAAGAUUUAAGGGUUCAGUUCCAAGUCGAGAAGCAUUGUUCCCCUUUAUUUUAAGUUAUUAAGCUCUUUGUAGGUGACAUUGUACAUUUGUUCUAGAUCAGAAAGGUUUUUGUUCUUUGUUUCUUUUAGAAAUAAGCAAAGGUGUUUGACAGGCCAAACCCCUUCACUGGCAUUACUCUCUAGUGAAUCUGUCUCUGUCCAUAUUCCCAUCCAUCCAGUCAUAGAUGCCAGCGGCACCAGUCCACUGGUGAUGCUGAUCAGUAUUGCAGGAAACAGUGACUCAGCGGCAACUGCCUACUCUACGGGGAACAAUAGGUCUGGUAUAGGGCUCUAGCCAGAAGGGUUAGAUUAGAUUAGAUUUAAGGAUUCAGUUCCAAACUGAGAGACUGUGCCAUUUUUCCAUUUGGUUUAAUGCUAUGAAGUUCUUUGUAGCCAACAUCUGUCAAAGAUGUGUGACAGACCAGACCCUUUUGCUGGAGUUACUUGUCAGUGAAUCUCUCCUCUGUCCAGCUUUCCAUCCACCUAUGGAUACCAGUGGUACCAUUCACUGCCAAAUGCCCCAUGAUGCUGGUCAAUAUUGCAGACCCCGGUGAAUCAGCAACUGCCCACUCUACAGAGCGCAAGAAGUCUCGGUGUCGUGCUCUAGCAGAAAGGACCUCAAUUCGAUUAGAUUUAAGGGUUCAGUUCCAAGCUGAGAGGCUGUGGCAUUGUUCCAGUUUGGCUUUAGUCUGUUAUUAAGCUCUCUGUAGCCAGCAUAGUCUGUUUUGUUCUAGAUUGGGAAAUUUUUUCUUCUUUGGUCCUUUUAGAAAUAAGCUAAGGUGUUUGACAAGACCCUACUCCUUCACUGGCACUACUCUCCAGUGACUCUGUCUCCGUCCAUCUUUCCAUCCACCCAUGAAUAACAGUGGUACCAAUCACUGCCAGAUGCCAAUUCUGGUCAGCAUUGCAGAUUCUAGUGACUCAGUAACUGCCCACUCUAGGGGAUACAGGAGGUCUAGUUAGUGCUCUAACCAAAAGGGCUAGAUUAGAUUAAAAGGUUAGGUUCCUAGCUGAGAGGUUGGGGUAUUGUUCCAGUUAGUUUUUAGCCUAUUAGUGAGCUCUUUGUAGCCAACAGAGUAUAUUUUGUUUAGAAUGGAAAAUGUUUUUGUUCGUUGGUUCUUUUAGAAAUAAGCUAAGGUCUUUGACAAGACUGUACUCCUUCACUGGUAUUAUGUGCCAGUGAAUCUGCCUCUGUCCAUCUUUCCAUCCAACCAUAGACAUCAGUGGCACCAGUCACUUCCAGAUCACUUGAGAUGCUGGUCAUCGUUGCAGGACAAGAUGACUUAGCAGCUGCCCACUCUAGAGGGAGCAAGAUGUCUGGUUUAGUGCUCUAGCUGAAAGGGUCCAUCUUUCCAUUGACCCACAGACAUCAGUGGCACCAGUCACUGCCAGAUCAUUUGAGAUACUGGUCAUCAUUGCAGGACAAGAUGACUUAGCAGCUGCCCACUCUAGAGGGAGCAAGAUAUCUGGUUUAGUGCUCUAGCUAAAAGGGCUAAAAUAAGUUUAAAGGUGCAGUUCCAAGCCAAGAGGCAGUGGCAUUGUUGUUCCAGUCUAUUUUAAGCUGUUCUUUAGCUCUGUAUCCAACAUUGUAUAAUAAUUUUAAAUUGGUAAGGUUUUUGGCUAGUUUUAGUUCUUUCGUUCUUUCAGAAAUAAGCAAAGGUGUAUGACAUAUCAAACCCCUUCCCUGGCAUUAUUCGCCAAUAAAUCUGUCUCUGUCCAAAUUUCCAUCCAGCCCUAGACACCAAAGACACCAGUUACUGCCAGAUGACUCUUGAAGCUGGUUACUAUUGCAGAACACAGCAACUCAGCAACUGCCCACUCUAGAAAGAGUAAGAGGUUUGGUUUAGCAUUCUAGCUGAAAGGGCUAGAUUAAAGAGUUCAGUUCCAUGCUGAGAGGCAGUAGCAUUUUUGUUCCAAUUAGUUUAAAGCUACUAAUGAGCUCUUUGUAUCCAACACUGUAUGCUUAUUCUCAAUUGGAAAGGCUUUGGACUGAUUCUCCUUCUUUUAGAAAUAAAGGUGUUUGACCCAUCAUA